AUGGAUGGCGCCCAUCCGUUCCGUCCAAGAUCCUCCCUGACUCCCGUUCAUCCACGAGCUUCUCCAGUGGUGGAUCCAAUGCUUAGUUCUGCGCAUGGAGCCAGCUUUCAUCGCUUAGAGGAGGAACGGAGGAGUGUGCUGGUGGAUUUGCAAGCCAGACAACAGGCACACGUAGCCUUGGAGGCUGAUGUGAAGCGCUUGUACAAGGAACUGGAACAAGAACGGGCUGAGACCUUUGAGCAAACGCGGCAGCUCAGAGAACGCCUCGAACACGCACGACGUGAGGGAGCGAACCUGGAGCUGCAAAUCUUGAAGUCCGAGAUCGGUGCUUCAGACAAAGGCGAAGAAGUGGAGGAAGUGAAACACCAGGUGGAGGUGAAGACCAAGGAGAUUGUAAAGGCCAUGCAACGCUUAUCCGAUCAGCAUCGGAGUGCCUUUCAGCAUGUGGCCACGCUCACCUCUGACAUGUUGCGUGCGUGUUCAUCGAGGAGUCCAGCCAGCAAUGAUCUCCUGCAGCAAGGAGUCCAGACCAAAGGUCAUGAGGUGAAGCAGGCUCCAGCGAAACUGGUCCAUCCGCCAUCCGAAGAGGGUGUGGAGCUUCCGUGGUUUCAAGCGAUGAAGGCGAACCUGGAGGAGUACGGAGAUGUGGAGGUCUUUCUGGACCAGCAGCCGCAGGAAUGUAUGAGCUGCUGCCAAGCGAUCGAAGCUUCAUAUCGGGCAAGGCCUCGAAAGUGCAGCCAUGUUUUCCACGUGGAAUGCUUGCUACAUUGCUGGAGUGAGGGUACAUGCCCUGUGUGUGGCGCAUCCUUCGCGCCAGAGGCUCGCCCCAAGACGUGA